AUGCCCAAGGAGGGAAUCUGGGCAACUCCUUUCCACCUAGUGUAUGGCGGUGAAGCAGUAGUCCCCGUCGAAGUCGGAGUUGAGUCCGAUCGGCUACAACACUAUGAUGAAGAUAACGCUGAGCGAAGGUUGCUGGAGCUGAACUUGGUAGAUGAAUCGCACGCUAGAGUCGUCGUCCGGUUAAUGGCCUACCGCCAAAGGAUGAAGCAGAACUACAAUCGGAGGGUGAUUCCGAGCUCGUUCCAAGUAGGCGUUCUUGUAUGGAAGAAGGUAAAGCCAGUCGGGGACAUCACCAAGCUAGAAACCCCAUGGGUUGGACCCUUCAAGGUCGUGGAGAAGCUCUGA